AUGUGUCGUUUUCACAACUUGUUCGAAUUUGUCGUUCGUUUUCGACAAGCCGAUCGACUAGCCUGUGAAUUCGAUCGAAUUGGAGCACGUAUUGCAGGGCUGACUUGUGUUCUUUUCCGUGGUUUUCAGGAACCGCGGAGAAGCCGGAUCCUCACGCCGCCAGAGGAGAUAGCACGGGGGAAGAGACCCGUCGUCGAGCCCGAUGACGACUUCGUCGAGGACUCUACCAUGCAGGACGCACCAUUCCCUGAGACCCCGGGAGACGACGAGACCGAGGACUCUGUCACGGAGAUCGAGAUGCAUCGUUUCCGCACCCUCCUCGACAUGCGGUUCGCCGGGACGUGA